GCUGGUCCACCAGGAGGAGCGCCGAAGAAAAAGACAGAGGGGAAACAGAACACUCCUGGUACGACUGGUAAUGCGAAGAUUGCAGAUCCUGAUAACCCCAGGAGUCCAUUUGUGCGUUUUAGUACGUCUCAAGCCCAACAAGCAUCUUCUACUUGUGCGGGAGACGAAACGUCAUUGCUCCGAUCAACAGUAAUGUCAUUCUCAGACGAGAAAUCUGAACAGAAAGAUGGAGUAGCAGUUCCAGAAAAGAUAGAAGAAGAUGAAAAAACAUCUUCGUCUGCUGCUACUGGUGCACAUUACACACGGUACCUUGUCGCUGCGGACUUCUGUCAUUUGGCGGCGCCUCGGUCAAGAACAUCUUCAUCAUCCUCAACAUCAUCAUCCGCCUCCUCUUCUUGUUCCUCUCUGGGUUCUGUCUACGUCGCAACUCGCUAUUCCAGUUCGGAAUACAAAAAGUACCAACCUGGCUUCCUCCUCGCCUUCUUGAGUCACAAUUUCCUGCGUAGACAGGGAUUUCGAUACUGGGACCUAGGUGGUGCGAACCUUUCACCGAUGAUGAGCUACAAAUUCGUCGUCGCGACACCCGUUUCCUGGCAUGAGAAACAAUUCCGCGCACACCAAGCGAGAUCCAUUGUCGUGGGGAGUGCUGUUGUAGACGAGAAGAAGGAAGUCGGAGAAGCAGGAGAAACUACUGCUAUGACAAGAACCUCAACAUCGACAAAUAUUGCUGCAACAACAACAACAACAACAACCGAACAAAAGCAUGAAACGAUGAUGGACCAAAUGAUCAAGUCUGAUAGUUUUCGGUUCGAUCCGCAGUUCAGUGCCUUCAUUGAGGAAGCCGAUUUGACCGACACAAGACCGGUUGCUAUGGGUAAAGACGCUUUAGGAUUAGCAUAUCGAGAACUUUUCUCGGAUAUCAUAGCCAAGCAAAAUGUCGAAGAAAUGAAAGUGGGGAAGAUGAAGACGGCGAAACGGCAGAAAGCUGAGCAGAAAAAUGACGCAACAACUGCGGCAGAGGGAGCCAAAAAUGUUGUAGAUGUAGAUCGAAAUGCUGCUGCAGUGCAAGCUAUGCAAGCACUGAAAUCGUGUACAGCACGGGCGCCAGGACUGUUUGUGCAGACAAAACUGAGUCAAUAAAAGCGGAUGUCCAUUCCUCGCUCUCAACUCUACUUGUAACUUGAGAAUACAGAAGAUGUCUUGUUUUUUGUUGGGGAUACAACGGAGGACGCUAAUUUUUCCCAUAGUGAGUGGUGGCCAUGAUGGAACACUUUUUUUUAAGUAUCUCUUGGACGCAGUUGAGUCUGUUGACGCAUCUGCAAAUUGGAUCUUGACGCAUCCAU